AUGGGUAUUUCCGAGGCUAAAGACGACUCGCCACGAACCACGCCAGAACAUAGAGCGGACCAAUCGCCAUCAGAGCGUGCGCCCCAGGGCUCCGCAGACAGCGAUGAUCCUGACGACUUCGCUCCCAAACGGAAACAAAGACGAUAUAGAACAACAUUCACCAGUUUUCAGCUUGAAGAGCUGGAAAAGGCCUUUUCUAGAACUCAUUAUCCUGAUGUUUUUACAAGGGAAGAACUUGCUAUGAAAAUUGGUCUAACAGAAGCAAGAAUACAGGUGUGGUUUCAAAACCGUCGCGCAAAAUGGCGGAAACAAGAGAAGGUUGGACCACAGGCACACCCCUACAACCCUUAUCUGGGUGGAGCGGCUGCUCCCCCGCCAUCCGUGGUCGCCUCAAUGCCGAAUCCCUUCUCACAGCUCAGCUUUGGCUUUAGGAAACCAUUUGACGCAAACUCGCUGGCUUCAUUUCGAUACGCCGGCUCCCCAGUGAUCGGGUCACAAUACCUAAGCGCGCCGCUCUCCCGCCCGCCCAUGUUUACCUCACCCAUGUACACCUCUGCCCCACCAUUUCACUCCCUUCUCGCCGGGCUCACAGUUCCUCCCCGACAAUCGCCAGAUCCACCCCCCGUUUCCCCCCCUAUCUCCCCCGGUAGCGAAUCACCUCCAAACCAACCACCCGAGGUGGAACGACGGAGUUCUAGCAUCGCAGCUCUUCGGAUGGCAGCGAGGGAACACGAGCUAAGACUGGAAAUGCUUAGGCAGAGACACCAUACAGACAUGAUCAGCUGA